AUUGAUGGCGGAUACACCGAAUGGAAGGAGUCAGAGUGCAGUGCGACAUGUGGAGGAGGAGUAAUAACUAAAACAAGAACUUGUACCAAUCCUGCUCCACAACACGGUGGAAAGGACUGCAGUGAACUGGGACCAGCUGAAAUGACACUUUCCUGCAACGAGCAAGAAUGCCGUAAGCUGAUAUAGAAAUUUGUGUCUUUAAGCGACGAUUAUACUUUCUUUAAUGUACAUCACUAAAUGAUGUUUUAAUGGUUUAGCAAUUGAUGGCGGAUACACUGAAUGGGAGGAGUCUGAGUGCAGUGCGACAUGUGGAGGAGGAGUAAUAACUAAAACAAGAACUUGCACCAAUCCUGCUCCACAACACGGUGGAAAGGACUGUAGUGAACUGGGACCAGCUGAAAUGACACUUUCCUGCAACGAGCAAGAAUGCCGUAAGCUGAUAUAGAAAUUUGUGUCUUUAAGCGACGAUUAUGCUUUCUUUAAUGUACAUCACUAAAUGAUGUUUUAAUGGUUUAGCAAUUGAUGGCGGAUACACUGAAUGGGAGGAGUCUGAGUGCAGUGCGACAUGUGGAGGAGGAGUAAUAACUAAAACAAGAACUUGCACCAAUCCUGCUCCACAACACGGUGGAAAGGACUGCAGUGAACUGGGACCAGCUGAAAUAACACUUUCAUGCAACGAAGAAUCAUGCGGUGAGCACAAACAAUCAUUUUUCAACCACAUCCUUAAGCUCUUGAGAAGGCUAAGAGAAAGCGAUAGCAAAGUACAACGAAUAAAAGUGCUGAAAUAAGAUUUGCUGCCCUGGUUCUAGGCAAUGUAUGGUAACUGAAAAUUCACGUUACAGGUCAAUUAAAAACUUUUGAAGAGUUUUUUUUUCUUCACGGUUUAGCAAUUGAUGGCAACUACAGUGGACCUGUGAGCACUUAAUUAAGGACAAAUAGAUUUGAUUCUAAAACCAAGUUAUCAAUUCCAUUUUUAUGGCAGGUUGUGCAUAAGGGUGAAAAGUAUUUCUUUUUUAUGAUUUAGCAAUUGAUGGCGGAUACACCGAAUGGCAGGAGUCUGAGUGCAGUGCGACAUGUGGAGGAGGAGUAAUAACUAAAACAAGAACUUGUACCAAUCCUGCUCCACAACACGGUGGAAAGGACUGCAGUGAACUGGGACCAGCUGAAAUGACACUUUCCUGCAACGAACAACCUUGCCGUAAGUAUCUGUAGUGUGAAGUUAUCUGGAUGUUUUGCAGCGAUAGUUGUCAUCAGUACUGCACUCUGUUUUGAGGAACCUGAAGCAGUAAGAGCAUUUGUGUCUUUAGGCGACGAUUAUGCUUUCUUUAAUGUACAUCACUAAAGAUGUUUUUAUGGUUUAGCAAUUGAUGGCGGAUACACCGAAUGGGAGGAGUCUGAGUGCAGUGCGACAUGUGGAGGAGGAGUAAUAACUAAAACAAGAACUUGCACCAAUCCUGCUCCACAACACGGUGGAAAGGACUGCAGUGAACUGGGACCAGCUGAAAUGACACUUUCAUGUAACGAACAACUUUGCCGUAAGUAUCUGUAG